AUGUCCUUCUCUUUCAAACGAUCAAAUUCACUACAUUCCCAACAUUCUCGGAACAACCUUGCUUUUGUUCCAACUGCAUCAUCAAAACACUAUCUUUCUCUCUCACCUAAAAUACAUUUGUGGAAUAGCUCGAUUGAUCAUCAAACCAUUGAUGUUUUCAAUUUAUUUUCUUUACAAAAUGUUCUGACAGAUACAAAUCUUGUUCAUAAAACACUUUCCGAAUUAAAAGUUGGAAAGAAAAUCAAGUGUCUUCGAUUGGGAAAUUAUGAUAUUACUCAACUGAAAAAUUCAGGAGAGAACAUUUCACCAACAAGACAAAUUCCACCUCCAAUGACUUCAAAUUCUAAUAUAAUGUCGAGUCAUUCUAUUAAUUCAAUUCAACAAGGUCAAAAUUCAACGACCACUUCUUUGGAUUUAUCAUCAAAAUUUGCAAAUUUUCUAAAAAAGAAGAAAUUUAAAGAAUAUUAUUGGAUUUUAAAUGAUAAUGAGAAUGUGAUAGAGAUUAAAGAUUCGAAAAGGAAGAAAUUGAAACAUUCCAUUUUCAUUGCGGAUAUUUUACGAAUUGAACAUCCAGCACUCUUUUCAUCAGCUUAUUCAUCUUCCGAUCAUGAUAACUCUGAUUUUACCAUGACCAUCAUCUUUUCCUCUGGUAAAUUGAGAAGUAAGAGUGUUGCCUUCAUUCAUGAGAGGAUUGAUUUGGUAAUUGGAACACAAACCGAUUUCUAUGUCUUUUUAGCAUUGAUUAACUAUUUAAUGUGUCGAGCCGAUAUGAAAUCAUUGAAAGAUCCAACAAGUUUACAAAUUUUGAAAUGUUGGAUUGGAACAGAGGUUGAUGGUGAUGGUAAUUUGGAUAUUAAGGAAUUGGCCAAGUUAUUGAACAGGAUUAAUUUGGAAUUUCCUGUUAAAACUUUGAGACAAAUUUACAAACAAGCAGAUACUGAUGGAACUGGUUAUUUAGAAUAUGAUGAAUUUAGAGAAUUGUACUAUUCACUGAUUAGAAAUGAAGAAAUCGAGGAAUAUAUUUAUAGGAAUUAUGCCAACAAUCAACAAUUAAUAUUCAAGGAGGAUUUUAUAGAGUUUUUACAAGAUCAAUUAAAUGGAACUAUUCUAGUUGCACCAGAAUGGGUCGAUACCAUAUUCAACAGAUAUAAUGCCAAAACAUUGGACAAUAAUAUUGGACUCUCGUGUCAUGAUUUUACUCGUUUUCUACUUUCAGCACAUGAUAACAAUAUCAUUGAUGAAAGUUUCAAAGUUUUGCAUUCCAAUGAUAUGAAUCAACCAUUGACUCAAUAUUGGAUUUCUUCUUCUCAUAAUACCUAUUUGACAGGUCUUCAAUGGAAGGGUGAGAGCUCUGUCGAACAGUACAGAGAUGUCUUGCUGACUGGAUGCAGAUGUGUUGAAUUGGAUUGUUGGGAUGGUCCAGUGGAGCCAAUUAUCUAUCAUGGAAGAACACUCACUUCCAAGAUUUUAUUCAGAGAUGUCAUUAUCAUGAUUAAUCAGUAUGCAUUUGUUGCUUCAGAGUAUCCACUCAUUCUCUCAUUAGAGGUUCACUGUAGUGAACCACAGCAGGAAAUGAUGGCCAAAAUUAUGAGUGACAUAUUCGGAGGUACCUUGUUGAAAUCAUUCUUUGGACCUCAACAAACUGAAUUGGAUAAAUUACCUAGCCCAAACGAUUUGAAAUACAAGAUUAUUCUGAAAGGAAAGAAACAUUCGAAUACAAACGAACCAGAAGAGGUCGGUGGUGAGGAUUCAGAUGAUGAACAGGAAGAUGAUAGUCUGAGUGUUACAUUUGAUGAAAUGAUUACUACUUCUGGACCACCUAAAUCUCCUCGAAUGCCUUCAAUCAUUUCCGAUAAGAAUGUCAAGGAUUUGAAAAAGAAAAUUCCACCUAAGGAUGUGAAACGAAAAGUUGCACAAGGACUUUCAGAUAUCAUUGCUUGGUGUGGUAUUUCAUUCAAAGGAAAAUUGAGCUUCCAAUGUUGGCACAUGCACAGUUUUGCAGAGGAUAAAUUUAGCAAAGUUGUGAGGAAGGAUUUUGCUGGAUUAGUGGAAUAUAACAAGAAUCAAUCAUCUAGAAUUUAUCCAAAAGCCAUGAGAGUUGACUCGAGCAAUUAUUGUCCUAAUUUGGCUUGGGUUACAGGAUGUCAAAUGGCAGCUCUCAAUUUCCAAACUCGUGACGAACAUAUGAGAUUUAAUGAAGUGAAAUUUUUAGAGAAUGGCAAAUGUGGAUACAUUUUGAAACCAGACUUUUUAAGACUUGCACAUGUUCCAUAUCCAUCUGAGGAAACUCACAAACCUACCUAUUUCACACUUGCUGCCAUUUGUGCACAAAAUUUACCAAAACCUUCGACAUAUAUUUCAUCGACAUCAUCCAAUUUACCAAAAGAAGUUUCAAAUCCAUUUGUCAAGAUUCAAAUACUAGGUAUCUCUAAAGAUUUAUACGAAGAAAAGAGUGAAACAGUAAUAGGAAAUGGACUCAUGCCAGCAUUCAACAAGGUCUUCCACUUUACUGUUCUCUGUCCAGAAGUGGCCUUCCUGAAAGUUUCCAUCUAUGACAAUAGAAAAUCAGAAGUGAAAUGCAUUUGUGAAAAUUAUUUACCAGUCAAACAUUUACGUCAAGGAUUCAGAGCCAUCCAAAUGUUGGAUCUUCACGCCAAACCAAUUGAAGGUUGUACAUUAUUAUGUGAAUUGAGAAUGGAUGAAAAACAUCAUCCAAUGAUGGUUGUACCAUCCUCAUCUAUGGAAUAUUUAGGAAAUGAUGCUUUGAGACUUCCAUCCAUGUCUCAAACUUUACAAAGUUCAAACACAAAUAGUCCAAUCAAUCUAUUUGCUCAAUUAAUGAAUAAUCAAGAAAGAAACGAAAGAACUUCCCAAGGAAGUAGUCAAUCAGGAGACAUGACACCAAUUACCUUGGAGAUUAGUGAACCUUUAGAAGAGGAUGCCAACUCACCAGUUCCUUCCUCCUUUACCAUUGCAAAGAGAUUAUCUGAUUGUGAUUUGGAAAGUUUGAAUAAAUAACUUUUUUCCAUAA